AAAUCCCCACUUGAAGAAGUCCAGAAGCGGCGGCGGUGGCGGCGUUUUGCAUUUUUUGUAUUGUAUUUGUUCACCUCACCUGAAAGUAGUCAGUGCUGCGGUUGCGAUGACGUUAGUUGCGAUUUGAAGGUGGAGAAGUCCCAGCGAAGUUCUCAAUUAGCGCGGGUGGUACGUGACAUACCGUUGAACUCUGUUUUGGUGCGUUUGUGAGGAUCUCGCCAUGAAGCUAGUCCGAGUCCCAGUGGUUUUCGUGUGUUUACUAAUAAGCAUUGACCAGGCGUUCGGUGCGGCAAUAGGCCAGGGGGAGUGCAAGACGCCACGGUUACUCUUAGUGUCCUACGAUGGUUUUUCCAAUGAUUAUUUCUCGCGGAAUCUAACUCCCAACUCGGAAGCUUUCCAGAAGGAGGGUGUUUACGUGAAACGGUUGCGCCCGGUCUUCCCUACGAAAACCUUCACCAACCACUUCACGAUUGUAACAGGAGUGUACCCGGAGGUGCAUGGAGUGUCCGCUAAUGAGGUCUACGAUCGCGUGCAUGGCGAACUCCACUACGGCGCUCCACUGUUCGAGUACAACAAGGACAUCGUUCCGAUUUGGACGCUGAACGAGUUGGCGAACGGGACGUCAGGAUGCAUGAUGUGGCCCGGGUUCGACUUUCCCUACAGGAACACCACCUGCACGUAUUCUCAGAAAUUCGAUAAAAACGUUACGAUGAAGGCGCGCGUGGACACGGUCAUGAAAUGGUUCACGGACAAAUCGAAGCCCGCGAAUUUCGUAGUCCUGUAUGCCGAUCAGCCGGACAAAACUGGACAUCGUUUCGGGACGACGGGAAUUGAGAUGAAUAACCACAUAAAAGAAGUAGAUGAAAUUACCGGAUACAUUCAAGAACAGCUGAAACUGCACAAUUUAACAAGUUGCACUAACGUCAUACAUUUAAGCGACCACGGCAUGAUAGAAGUCAAUGCAUCAAAUGUGAUUGACUUUUCUCCUUUCUUAGAGAACGGCACCUAUAAAACAUACGGUACCAGCCCGGUGCUGCAAAUCGUUCCAGAAGAUGAAGGUGCAAUUGAUGAAAUAUUUAAUCGUCUGGUAAAUGCAUCAAACACUCUUGGGCACUUUAAGGUGUUCAAACAACCAAACUUACCCGAAAGGUGGCAUGUAAAAAUGCCACGCUUCGGACCAAUUGUCGCUGUAGCAGAUUUGAAUUAUGUCUUCCAGGACUUGUACAAAGCCAUUGAGUAUUAUAAAAAAACAUAUAAUCAGACUCGCGCCGGAUUUUAUGGGGUACAUGGUUACGAUAACGAAUAUCCAGAAAUGUCUGGAGUUUUGAUGGCGAAGGGGCCAUCGUUUCCUCAGGGUAAAGUGCUCGACAAGUACGAAAACAUUGAUCUCUACAACUUAUUUGUGAAGAUUCUCGAUUUACCGAAUGCACCGCGUACAAACGGAUCCUACGAACGGGCUGUGCAAUUACUGGAGGAGAAACCCACCAACACAGCCGCAAUUGUAGUGGCCAUUAUUCUACUGCUGAUAGUUGUCGCUUGCUUGAUAGUAUUCAUCAUCUAUCGACGGAAACGCUAUCAUUGCAUGUGGUUCUAAACACAUGAAAAUCAUGGUCAAAAGACUGUUUAGCCACGUAUUACGAUGAUAGUAUACAAUGUUAGUCUGUAAGAUGAAAGUAGAGCUUGAAUACUCACUAUCUUGAUCUAUUAUUGAUUUUAUACAUAAUAUUAACAGAAAAUAAAUUGUGAGAAUCUUAUAUAUUUUACGCAAGAUGUAUUUUAUCAAAUAUUUUUUCUGUAAGUUUUACUGCGGAUACUUUUAAUAAAAUUAUGUGAAUAGAGAAA